UCAAGUCCGGCGGUUCAACGGUUUCAAAAGCGAUUCGAAAGAGUGAUUUUCGAAAGCGAUUCGAAAGCGAUAGCUGCGUCCGAUAGCCGAUAGGAACACCUGGUGCGAGAGAACAGAGAGGCAAGGCAAUCGAUAGGCCAAAGCACCAAUGAGCCGCACAAGUGGGAAAGAGACGGAGGCGAGCGGUACGGCGGAACAACUGCAGCGGGAAAGCGGUACGGCGGAACAGCUGCAACGGAAACGAGAACGCGAUUUGAAGGACCUGCUCGAGUGGUUCCAGCAAAAUGACAAGCUGCCCAAGGAGAUUGAACCCUUGCUGCUCCGGCGUUUUUACCAGUGCAUGUUUGGGGACUUGGUGGAGACCCAGAAUCUCAUAGAGGUCAACUAUGCCCUGCGCAACCGACAUCCGCACCUGUUUAUCAAGAGAGAUCCUCUGGACGCGGACAGCAAGCGCACCUUUGACUACGCGGACAUUCUACCGCUACCGGGCUUAACGCCGGACAAAUGCAAGGUGUCGCUGUACUGUUUCCGGGAGUUUGAGGCCACCAAGAUGCAUCACACGGAGGACACGCGCGCCUUCUUCAUGGUCAGCGAUUGUCGUUUUGCGAUGCCGGACGAUCCCGAGAACCCGGAGAUUUUAUCCGAAGGAGAGGUGCAGAUUUUCGACAUGAAGGGCACUACAAUGCGGCACAUUUCGCGACUGACGAUCAGCACGCUGCGCGCCUACAUCAAGUUCCUCCAGCUGGCAUAUCCCGUGCGCCUGCGCGCCAUCCACAUGAUCAACUGUCCAUCGUACUUGGAUCGCAUCGUCAGCGUGGUGAAGCCCUUCAUCAGCGAAGAGGUCUUCAAGCUGAUCCGCUUUCACACGGUGAGCGUGGAAACCUUGUAUGAGUUUGUGCCGCGGAAGAUGCUGCCCGAGGAAUACGGCGGAGAUGCCGGUUCCUUGGAGACACUGCGGACCCAGACCCAAAAGGCCUUGGUUGAGCAUCGCGACUAUCUGAUGGACCCCAGGCACUGGGUGGUGGAGAAACCGGAGAAGCGUAACGGCAGCUCGUGGAGAUUUUUCAAAUGAUCGACGAGGGCAUAAUCGCCUGGUAUUUUUUUUUUCGUACCGUUGUGAAACAGUUGGAAUUAGUAUUGAUGUACAGUUCAAUUUCUGUGGCACCCAGGAUAGACUUAAUAUAUGUGCCUGUGUAUGUAAAUGGUUCCUGUGGCAUUUCGUCUCUUAAAUAAAGCUCAUAUUGUAAUUAUUUAA